GAUACGGUAAACGUGAAUUCUCCGGGUGGCUUUUAUGGAAAUGCACUACAAGCGGCUGCAGGUGAGGGACACGAAUUGGUUGCGCGGAUUCUCCUCGAGCAUGGGGCAGAGGUGAAUUCUCCGGGUGGCUUUUAUGGCAAUUCACUACAAGCCGCUGCAGGUGAGGGACACGAAUCGGUUGCGCGGAUUCUCCUCGAGCAUGGGGCAGAGGUGAAUGCUCUGGGUGGCUUUUAUGGCAAUGCACUACAAGCCGCUGCAAGUAGGGGAAACGAAUCGGUUGUGCGCUUCUCCUCGAGCUGUGGGGCAGAG